CACUGUGCACGGUGGAGGGUCGUCGGUCUGUCCCUCGAAAUCCAGUCUUCUGUCGUUGCCGCGAUAAAAAAGAACUAACGACAGUUUUCUUGCGGCUCCUAACUCACUUCUACAUCUAUUACAUCUCGUAUGAAAUAAUGUAAAUGUUAACUUUUCAUCACACUAGAUAGUCAUGGUGCUUGCUAUACUUUAUUCCGCUGAAGUUUGAUUCGAACUUCACCGAGUCAACUUCGUGAGCGGUUCGGUGUUGCAGUGGAAUAUUCAGUUAAACUGUUGUUAUAUUUGCUCUAGCCAGCAAAAUGAGCAGUUCUGAAACUAAUACAAACAAAGAAGAGCUGAUAUAUUGAGGUGAUUCACGUUAGUUAAGGCUUUCCGUAUAGCCGUCAAAGUGAUAAACUAAAGAGAUCCGUGAGUCUGUCGUAAUGCUGGGCGUGGAGACUAAACCCAACGAUGGAAGUGACCACUUCAAGUCCGAUGCCGGCGACCAGGGACUGAGCCAGCUGGCGUACCGAGAGCUGGUGUCCGGAGUGCACUCCCGGCUUGUGGCGGGCCUGCCAGGCGGGUUUGGCCCGGGUCUCGCAGCCGGCUUCCCCCUUGGGGUGGAUGCUUCAGCCUUGGCUCGCGGCUUUCCGCACGGCUUGGGGGUUGGACUUGCAAAUUUCGGCCCCAGCUUAGGUGUCGGCUUGGGAGCGUCGUUGUCCGUAAACAAUCGCAGCCAGAGGGACUUGGCAAGAGACAUAGCGGCGUCUGCACCUGGGGGGCUCUACGGGGGCAGGGAUACGAAGACAUGCAAUCGCUCCCGAGUGGUGGAUGAUCGACCUCGAACCUUGGAUGAACGACUCCGUGGCAUCGAUGACAGUAAGAGAGGACCCAUGGAUGAUCGAUCGCGAUCUACAAUGAAUGAUCGACUAAGAGGUUUGGAUGAGAGAUCUCGUUUGAUGGACGGCGAUUCAGUUCUUUCAGAACGGCAAUCAAAUGGCAACGAUUCUUCAAAUGUCGAACAUGUCAAACCUUCAGUGGUGUACGACGUGGCGUCUCUCAUUCUGUACAGGUGCCAAGCCCUGCCAAUUCGGCUCAAAAUAGCCCUGGAUCGACUGUUUUCAGUGCUAACGCACGAUGAAGUUCAGCAAUUACUUCACGGUUUUGGCUGGAACUAUGAAGAUUAUUCUCGAGGAUACAUGCUUCAGGAUACACAAGGCCAGCCGUUACAUCGCUGGAACAUGGUGACUGCAGAGGAAGAAGCUCUUCUCCUACAACAGUUUCUUAGGUUCGGUGAAACGAAGAACAUCGUCUCCCACCUUCUGCACAAUGAUUCCAGUUCCAACCUGGACCGCGUUGCUCGGGACGUGCGCCACGCUCGAGACAUCAGAGACGCCGCCAAGUCGCAACAUUGUUCGCCUGUGAGUGACCACGCGGCUAAAAGUAACGAGACCGAAAGUCAAUCUCACGAUACGAAAGACGCACCUGAAAAUCGCGACUUCGGAGAUAUCCAUGACCGGUCAGAUCAGCACGACAACGGCCCUCUACCCGAGUCUAUUGAUAAUAAUUCUGGAAGGGACACCGGUAGUGAUAGAAGAGAAUCUACAGAUAGACGAAGUUUUGAACGGCGUGACACUAUGGACGAGUUCGGAAGUCGAAACGAAAAUCACCGAGUUCCUCCUUACUCAAGCCAGAGUCAGACAUACCAUCAACAGUAUUACCCAAUGCCCCAUGAUUCUUUACACAAAGCGCACGAUCCUAUGAAAGCUCUUGACCCAGAGCAACUUAAGAAGUUCUUGGAACGCAAUGCUUUACUAAAUCCAAUGGGCAGAAAUGCAGCCAGCGAUGCAAGAUGCGAUCCCACUUAUAUGCUAGGGCAACACGGCGCACCAGGAGGGCCCAAUAUGAAUCAUUCCUCUAGUUUAUCUGCGGCAUCGAUAGCCUCUAAUAUCCUGGCGGCUAAUCCUAACCUUACUUCUUCUCUUCUCAGAGGCGGUCCUCAAUUAGCGAAUUCUUUGUCUUUGCUUCGUCUUCCAACACCGCUUCCAAAUAUGAGCCGACCUAAUCAGAUGCCUUCUUCAAUGGUCAAUGCCUCCCCUCUGACAUCUCCCUUGGCUCGACUCCAAACUAUGCAACCGUUUGAUAUUCGAGGCGAUAGGAGAAGUCCCAGUCCAUGGCACCAACCCGAAGUAUCCAAGCGCCAUCUGGCGUCGCCUUCCAGCAUCACCAGCACCGGUUCGAUGCAGGGCCAACCUAGCCCUCCAGUUCCUAAUUCUUCGUAUGCGUCGUCACAGAUGUCCUCGCGAAACGAUAUAUCAGUCGAGCAUUUUAGUGACGAUGAUGAUGACGAAAAAUCAUCAGCGUUAAAUCUUUCUACUACUUCUCCCGGUUCUACUCCAGCGUCAACGUCUCUGCCUUUACCUGCCCAAAAUAGCUGCAACGGUCCUCCUACUCCUAAGCGGUCAUGGAAUCCCAUGAAUAUGGGCUCUACUUUCAUUAAUCCUGUGACAGGCAAGAAGAGAGUGCAGUGCAACGUUUGUAUGAAAACAUUCUGUGAUAAAGGUGCUCUAAAAAUCCACUUUUCUGCGGUACAUCUUCGAGAAAUGCAUAAGUGUACUGUCGACGGAUGUAACAUGAUGUUCAGUUCUCGAAGAUCUCGCAAUCGUCAUUCAGCUAACCCAAAUCCAAAAUUACACACGCCGCAUGUUAGGAGAAAAAUUUCUCCUCACGACGGCAGAAGUUCGGGCACUCACCCAGCAAUAUCGCUGAGACCCCCCAUGCCAGCACAGCUGCAAGGUCUCCAUCCUCAUGCCGCGUUCCCUCCACUGUCCGCGUUUCCCGGCCAGUUUGGGGGCCUAGGCGCUCUACCGAACCUUCCGUUCUUACCUUCAGGAAAUCCUCAGGAGCUCGCAAAGCAGUUCGAGAUGCACCGUCAUGGCUUUGAUCUGCAAAAGGAAGCUUGGAAGUAUGGACAAAUGUAUUCAUAUCCAGACGAUUCAUCUAUGAUGAUGGAUCCGAAAAAUCACUUUGAUCACGCCGAGAAGAAGCGCGCAAAAAUUGACGAAGAGAAUGAGCUUAACGAAGACCUGGAGGACGAAGACAGCAUGAGCGUUGAUGCUAACAGUUUGAAAGGAGAGGGAUCUGCAACUUCGCCAUCAUCGAAUAAACGAAAACGAAAAAGUCAAAACCCAACGAAAUUCGCUUUCAGAUUAGAAGAUGAUGACUUGAUAUCUACAGACGAAUAUGACGACGAUGAAAAUGAUGAUGAUUUGGAUGAUAUAGAUGUAAAAGAUUCGGAGGAAGAUAAAAACGAGGAUAAAGAGCUUGAUGCGAUGAGCGAUGACGAAGAAUUUGAGAACAGUGACGUCGUAAACGGAAUUAAGAACUUGAACAAGAACGUCGAAGAAAAGUCGGAAGAAAAAAGUUCCCUCUUGUCCUCUGAUCCAAAUUUAGAACAGCCUAAUUCCCUGCGACUUCUAGAAGAUUUAUCCAGAGGAAAUUUCCACGAUAAAGCUCAUGAAAGUGAUGCCAUGCGUGUGGACAUAAAUCGUAGCCAUAAACGAACGAACAGUCCCAAAUCCGAAAGUAAUAACAUGGAUUCCAAUUCGCGCUCUGAGUCGCCGCCCAAUGAAGAACUUGAGAAUAACCUAUUUUUGCGUGAUGGCGUGCUCACCAACGUCGACAUCCCGAUCAACGAGGCUGACCCGCUCACAUGUGUUUCAUGUUUGAAACAAUUUCAGAGCGCCUCAGCUCUUCGGUCCCAUUACCAAUCUUCGCACUUUAACUUAGCCCAUAAAUGUACAGUUGAAGGAUGCUAUGCAUCAUUCCCAACGAAACGAUCGCGCGAUCGUCACUCUGCAAACGAAAUGUUGCAUAAAAAAGGCCUAGCCAAUCACGAAAAUAAUUAUCCGGUCAUGCCUCCUGGAAUGCCCUUUAAUCCUCUCUUGAAUAAUGAUUUAAUUUCUCGGCUGUGCUCUGAUCCCAACGCUUUUCCCAAGGGCUUGGAGGUUCUCAAAUCAAGACUGCCUUCGUCCAUAGCCAGUAAAAUUUUCGGUAAUUCUGAAAACCAUUCAAUUUAUCAAAAUAGCGUCUCUAGUAGUAACACGAUACCGUCUCAGACAUAUUCUCCAUCUGCGGCAACCCCUUUCUUUCUUCACAAUCUCCUACCGCAUCUUGCGUCAAAAAGUUCGCAGAGGAAAAGUAGUGAGAAGUCUAGAACACCCUCGCCUAAGAAUUCUCCUACCGGUGAUGCUAGUUUAAAUAACGACAGCUCAGCAAUAGCAUUCUCUCCCUCUUCAUCCAGUUCAGCAGCUCGGGUCUCCAGUUCUAGUGAAUUGCCAAAUCACGUAGAAGUCUCCGGCCGGCACAACUUUGAGGCAAAUGAAAAACUCAAUGACGCAAUUCAGCAAUUAUCGUACAGUUUAGAAGACGAUUUACCGUCUCCGAACAGCGAAGGAAAGAUGCCAUGCAAAUUCUGCUCAGAAGUGCUUGAGGAUGGUGAUAAUUUGAAGGCACACUACGAAAAGUGGCACUUUAGGGACAUGUUCCGAUGCACGGUUGAUGGAUGCUCAAAAGUUUUCAGUUCUCGGAGAAAACGCAACAGCCAUUCGAUCAAUGAUGCUUUACACAUGGGCCUGAAAAAGAUAUCAGCGGACGUUUUCCUUUCCUAAUCAUUUACCAUGCUCGCCCGAUCGCUCAGUAUUUAUCAUAGAUUUUAAGUCUUUCCUAUGGUGCAAAUCGAUUAUUAUUUUCUUGUGUCAAUUCCAGUCGUUGUGCAUUUUGCGUACCCAUGUGCUUGCAUGAUUAUCUAUUAAUCUUUAUAAUUCCCUGAAGUCUGUGGUCAUGAUGGUUCUCAGUGGUUGUUGAUUAGAUUUAUACAAAGCUGAUUUGGAAUUCCCGCAAAUACGACCUGAUUAUGUGCUCGUAUAGACAUGAAUCUUAUAGGUUCUACCAAAGUCCUACCUCUGAAAACCAUUUGAAUUCUUUCACAAGUGAUGUAACCUAAAGAAGGCGUCUUACGUUAAGUCAGUGUGCAUUUGAGAUUGAAAUUUGUAAAAUACCGAAGUAAUAUAAGUAAGUAAUUGUGCGUACUUUGAGCUCAUGGUUAUGUAUGCGAAAAAAAUUCUGAUUGUUGUGACCUCGAAAAUUGGUUUACAAAUUAGAUUCCGUUGUGCAUUAGCCGACAUGAGUUUGGAGCAUAUUUUGAACGUUAUCAUUGUCAUGAACAAGUUAAGCCGUUACACAAAUGAGAACAAAAUUAUUCACUCACAAAUAUCUUUAAUCCCUUCAUUUUUUAAACAAUUUAUUCAAAAUAACAAAUCGUGGUUUUUAUGAGCGCUGCCAUGAGUCUAAUUGCGCCUGUGAAUGAGUCAAUACAACGGCCGAGGGUUCAAAAUUAAUUGUUCAACCAAUUUUUAAAUUAAAUUGCAAAUCUAUUUGGUUUUAAAUUUCAUGUAGAUAAGUGACCUUCAAGUUCUAUAAAUGGAAAGGUUCUUUCUGUAACUAUUUAUCGCAUUUGUUUUUAUUAAAUGCGCGUUAUUUGUUCAGCACUAUUUCCAAUCGAUUUUUUUGUGACCUUUGAUUUCCAUAUUUUCCUUGUAAGUAACUUUGGGAAAAACUAAAUUUUAUCAUGGAAAAGAAAUUUUCACUAAUUUUUUAAGAAAUAAAUACUUGAAGAAAUUUAUCGAUUACUGACCGCAUGCGAGAUUAAUUAGCCCAUAAUUAUGUCGAAAUUCACCUGCAGACUUGCUUUUGUGAGUGAUAAACAUUGAGAACUUAUGUCUUUACCUUUAUUUUUGAUAUAAUUCUUACGUUGCUCGCCUACCUUGUGAGCUAUGGCGUACUUUUCAGAUGAUUCAUAAUAGUUGAUUUGAAUGUUUAAUCAGUACCUCAUGUUGUGAACUGAUGCUCUUUGUAAGAUAUGUAUCAUAAUUCUAUGUCAAGAAAAUUUUUUAUGUAAGUAUUCUACAUUUCAUCGAAAUAAAUG